AUGCCCACAAAAACACCCACGCUCGUGGACUUUCCCUCCACCACCACCGUCACCAUCACAUUACCGCCAUCCACAUGCUCUUCCGCAUCCGCUCCAUCUCCGAAUAUCCUCCUUCUACUACACGGCCUCGGCGACACGGCAGCGGGAUUCACACCAUUCGGCCAAGCGAUCCGACUGCCCGAAACAACCGUCGUCACAGUCCAAGCGCCAGCCCCUCUACCCUUUGACCUGGGCGGGUUUCACUGGGGCGACGACGUAUCCCUCGACAGUCGGACCGGCACACUGGACAUGGACGCCGGAUUCACAAAAAGCACCAAAAUGCUCGCCGACGAAAUCAUCAGAAAGACCCUGGUGCAAAAAUGCGGCUACCAGCUUCGAGAAAUCAUGAUCCUGGGAUUCGGGCAGGGUGGGAUGGCUGGGCUGGCGACGGCGCGAGAACUAGGUUCUGGAAAUGAUAGGCAAAUCAGCGGCGCACUCGCGGGCGUGAUUUCCAUCGGGGCGCCGUAUGCACUGUCGGGUCCUCGUAUGGGUGCGAAGAAUCGCACACCGGUGUUACUGGUCUCCGGACGGGAUUCGGAGAUUGUCUCGGAUGGUGCGGUGCGUAGAACGAAAGAAGUUUUUGAGUUUGUGGAGGUCAGUCAGUAUAAGAGGAAAGGAGACGGAAUGCCUUCGAAUCGCGAUGAAAUGCUUCCUGUCAUGCAAUUCUUCGCCAGGAGGCUGCGUAGUCGGCAGGGGGUUCCGGCGGGUAGUGUUGAAAUCGGAUGA